AUGGGCAGCCCCUGCAGUGGGAGGCCCAGACACAGAGCUCUGGUUCCCCCCAGUCCAGGCCCCACCAUGGACUGUGAGUAUGAGAUGGGCCACGUCCGUAAGCUGCAGGUACGGCACAUGCAGAUGCAGGAAAAGACUUUCACCAAGUGGAUCAACAACAUCUUCCAGCAUGGCCAGGUGGGCAUCAGGAUCCAGAACCUGUAUGCGGAGCUGGCGGAUGGCACCCACCUACUGCGGCUGCUGGAGCUCAUCUCAGGGGAGGCCCUGCCACCCCCAAGCCAGGGCCGCAUGCGUGUGCACUUCCUUGAGAACAGCAGCCGAGCUCUGGCCUUCCUCAGGGCCAAGGUGCCAAUACCCCUCAUCGGGCCAGAGAACAUCGUGGAUGGAGACCAGACGCUCAUCCUGGGGCUCAUCUGGGUCAUCAUUCUGCGUUUCCAGAUUUCCCACAUCACCCUGGACAGGGAGGAGUUCGGGGCCAGCGCAGCCCUGCUAUCUGCCAAGGAAGCUCUGCUGGUCUGGUGCCAGCGGAAGACAGCCCGCUACAGCAACGUGAACAUCAUCGACUUCUCCCGCAGCUGGAGCGAUGGGCUGGGCUUCAACGCCCUCAUCCAUGCCCACAGGCCAGACCUGUUGGACUACAGCUCCCUGACUCCAGACCGGCCACUGCACAACCUCGCCCUUGCUUUCCAUGUGGCUGAGCGGGAGCUGGGCAUUGCUCAGCUGCUAGACCCUGAGGACGUGGCGGCCCCGCAGGCCGAUGAGCGCUCCAUCAUGACCUACGUCUCCCUCUGCUACCACUGCUUCUCCCGCCUGCAGCGCGGGCAGACCAUCCAGAGGAGACUCACUAAGAUCCUGCUUCAGCUCCAGGAGACAGAGGCGCUGCAGACCCAGUACGAGCUGCUGGUGGCCGACCUGCUAUGCUGGAUUGCAGAGAAGCAGGUGCAGCUGGAGGCACAGGAUUUCCCAGACACCCUGCCUGCGGUGCGCCAGCUACUGGUGGCCUUUGCCUCCUUCCGCACCCAGGAGAAGCCACCUCGGCUGCAGCAGCGAGGGACCGCUGAGGCCCUGCUCUUCCGGCUGCAGACAGCACUCCGAGCCCAGAACCGCAGGCCCUUCCUGCCUCGUGAGGGCCUGAGCCCAGUGGAGCUCUCCCAGCGCUGGGCAGGGCUGGAGCGGGCAGAGGCCACACGGAGCCAGGCUCUGCAGCAGAGGCUACUGCAGCUGGAGCGGCUGGAAACCCUGGCCCGGCACUUCCAGCGCAAGGCAGCCCUCCGGGAGAGCUUCCUAAAGGACGCAGAGCAGGUGCUGGAGCAGGCCAGAGCCCCACCAGCCAGCCCAGCCACAGUGGAGGCGGCCAUCCAGAGGCUGGGCAUGCUGGAGGCUGGCAUCCUGCCCCAGGAGGGGCGCUUCCAGGCCCUGGCCGAGAUUGCAGACAUCCUCCAGCAGGAGCAGUACCACAGCUGGGUAGAUGUGGCCCGUAGGAAAGGAGAGCUCACCCUGCGCUGGCAGAGGCUCCUUCAGCGCCUACAGGGACAGAGGAGGCAGGUGGCAGGCAUGCAGGCUGUGCUGAGCCUGCUGCAAGAGGUGGAGGCCGCCUCUGACCAGCUCAAGGAGCUACAGGUGCUGGCCAGCUCCACCGCCUGUGGGCAGCAGCUGGCAGAGACAGUGGAGCUGCUGCAGAGGCAUGACCUGCUGGAGGCCCAGGUCUCAGCCCAUGGAGCCCACGUGAGCCACCUCGUCCACCAGACCACAGAGCUGGACUCCUCCCUGGGCGCCGCUGUGGAGGUGCUGCAAGCCAAGGCCACGGCUCUGGCCCAGCUCCACCAGCGCCUGGUGGCUCUUGCCAGAGCACGGCGGGGGCUCCUGGAGCAGACCCUGCAGAGGGCAGAGUUCCUACACAGCUGUGAGGAGGAGGACGCCUGGCUGCGGGAGCGCACGCGGCUGGUGGAGAACGCAGCCCUGGGCCGGGACCUCGGCCAGAUCGCAAACGCCCUGCAGAAACACAAGGCUUUGGACGCCGAGCUCCACCGCCACCACGCCGUGUGCGCGGAACUCGUGCGGAGGGGGCGCGACCUCGGCGCCCGCGGGUCCCCAACGCAGGGGGAUCUUUGGGAACGCGCGGAGGCGGUGCAGGGCGAGUGGCAGCUGCUCCGGACCCGGGUGGCGUGGCGGGGCGCGCGACUGCAGACAGCCCUGCUGGUCCGGCAGUACUUGGCCGACGCUGCAGAAGCGACCUUGUGGCUGCGCGAGCAGCGCUCUUCGCUGGAGAGCCGGCCUUGCGGGCAGGACCAGGCGGCUGCCGAGGCCCUGCUGCGGCGCCACGUGCGGCUGGAGCGCGCUGUGCGGGCCUUCGCCUCCGAGCUGCGGCGACUGGACGAGCAGGCGCGGGCGGCCGCGGCCCGGGCGUCGCUCACGGUGAUGUCUGCCCUAAGCCCUCCCGGAGAAAGCCUCAGGAACCCAGGGACCUGGAGUGAGGCUUCCUGUCACUCUGGCCCCAGCAUCGCCUGGAAGAUGGCCUUCCCAGCUGAGCUUGACCCUGACCUUGACGCCAACACCAUACUCCAAACACAGGAUUGCUUGAGCCAGGACUAUGAGGGGCUGCGGGCCCUGGCAGAGCUCCGCAGGGCCCGCUUGGAGGAGAUGGUGGCCCUGUUUGGCUUCUAUAGCUCCUGUGGGGAGCUGCAGUCAUGGCUGGAGGAGCAGACGGCACUGUUCCAAACACUGCAGCCCCAGCCCGACAACCUGGAGGUCACGCAGCUGAAAUACGAGAACUUCCUCAGGGCCCUGGCCGUGGGAAGGGGCCGCUGGGCUGAGGUCAGCAGCUCUGCUGAGCAACUGAAGCAGAGACGUCCUGGGGACGCCACAAAAAUCCAGCAGCAACAGGAGGAACUGAGGCGGAGGUGGGGGCAGCUAGAGGCCCUGAAGGAGGAGCGGGCCACCCAGCUGGCACGCGCAGCGGAAGUAUGCAGUGUUCUGCAGCAGUGUGGACCCACACGGGCCCAGCUGCAAGACGUGAUACUCAAGCUGGAAGCCCUGCAGCCGGGGAGCUCAGGGGACACCCACCACACCCUGCACCUGGCCCAGCAGAGGAUCCUGGUGCUGGAGAGGCGGAUCCAUGGCCUUCAGAGGGUGGCCGUAAAGGCCGAGGAGCCAGGCCCCACAGAGAGCCGGUCCCUGCACGAACAGGUGGAGACGCUGCAGGGGCUGCUGAAGCGAGCACAGGGACAAGAGGCCCAAUGGGCCCAGGUCCAGGCCGAGGCUUGGGCCCGGCAAAACGUCCUGCAGGAGAGCCGGCUGCUGCGGCUGUGGGCAGAGAGCCUCCAGGCUCAGCUGAGCAGUAAGGAGGAGCCGGUGGACAUGGCCUCGGCCCAGCGGCUGCUGGGGGAGCACCAGGACCUGUGGGAGGACAUCCGCCUGCAGCAGGAGAGCCUGCGGCAGCUGGAGGCUCAGAGCCAGCCUGUGGCAGCCCUGGACUCCCCAGACACCCAAGAGGUGGCCAGUGCUCUGAGGCUGCUGGGCCAGCAAGGCCGGGAGCUGCAGGCUGCGUGGGAACAGAGGCAGCGGCGGCUGCAGGAAGGGUUGGAGCUGCAGAGGUUUGGCCGAGAAGUGGAUGGUUUCACCGCCACCUGUGCCAACCACAAGGCCUUCCUUGACCUGGACAACCUCGGGGAGGACGUGCAGGAAGCCCAGAGCCUGCUGCAGCAGCAGCGGGAGUUUGGGCAGCUCCUGGGCACCCUGGGCCCUCGGGCAGAAGCUCUGCAGGCACAUGGAGAGAAGCUGGUUCAGAGCCAACACCCUGCUGCACACAAGAUCAGAGAGCAGCUGCAGGAUGCCCAGGCGCAGUGGACCAGGCUCCAGGAGAGGAGUGAGCAGAGGAGGCGGCAGCUGCUGGCUUCCCUCCAGUUCCAGGAAUGGAAGCGGGAUGUGGCGGAGCUGGUGCUGUGGCUGGAGGGGAAGGUGCUGACCGCAGCGGAGGAGCCCUCCCGAGCACCCAGCAACAUCCCACAGAAACUCAGGCGGCACAAAGCAGCCAAGAGCGAGCUGCUGGCCAACCGUGGACACAUGGAGCAUCUGCAGCAGGUUGGGCAACAGCUGCUGAGCAGCACGCCCCAUGGCCAAGAGGACAUACAGUCCAGGCUGCAGGGCCUGAGCAGCAAGUGGGAAGAGCUGAACCGCAAGAUGGCAGAGUGUGGGGACAAGCUCCGGCAGGCAAGACAGCAGGAGCAGCUCCUGAGGCAGCUGCAGGAUGUGAAGGACAAGAUGGAGCAGCUCGAGGGGGCCCUGCAGAGCGCAGAAAUGGGGCAGGACCUGUGCUCGAGCCGCAGGCUGCAGACACGGCACAGCCAACUGGAAAGCAAGAGCCGGGCACUGGUCGGCCAGCUGGCUGCCCUUGUCUCCCAGGCCCAUCGUGUGGUCGCUUCCCAGGCUGUCCUGGAGGAGACCCAGAAGUACCUCCAGAGGUCUGAGUCCCUGCAGGAACAUCUGGCCACCCAGUGCCUGCAGGUACAGGCCUCAGUCGAGAUGUACCAGUUCUGCCACCUGAGCACCAUGGAGCUCACAUGGGUGGCUGAGCACAUGCCCCGCGGCAGCCCUACCCGCCACGCCAGGUGCUUGGGUAGCGCCCAGAGCCUUCUCUGCAAGCACAGGGGGCUCCAGGCUGAGGUGAAAGCUCACUGGGGCCAGGUGCAGCGGGUGCUGGGUGCUGGGCAGAGCCUGGGAGCCUCAGGGCACCCUCAAGCCCAGCACAUCACGGAGCAGUGCCGGAAGCUGGAAGGCCGCUGGGCAGAGCUAGAGCAGGCCUGUGAGGCGCAGGCCUGGAGCCUGAAGCAGGCUGUCACCCUCCAGCAGUACUUUCUGGACGUGUCAGAGCUGGAGGGCCGGGUGGAGGAGAAGUGGCCACUGGUGAGCAGUCAGGACUGUGGCAGGGAUGAGACAGCCACCCUCAGGCUCGUUAAGAAGCACCAGGCCCUGCAGCAGGAGCUGGCUCUGUAUUGGAGCUCCAUGGAGGAGCUUGACCAGAGGGCCCAAACCCUCGCUGGCCCUGAAGGCCCUGAGCAGCUGGGUGUGGCGCAGAGGAGGCUCCGGGAGAGGCUGCGGGCGCUGCAGGAGUUGGCAGCCGAACGGGACCAGGAGCUGAAGAGGACCCUGAAGCUGCAUGAGUUCAUGAGGGAGGCUGAGGACCUGCAGAGCUGGCUGGCUUGCUGGGCACAGGUGGCCAAAGGAGCAGAGGACCUCGGAGAGGACCCUGAGCACGUCUUGCACCUCUGCACUGAAUUUGCCAAGUUUCAGCGCCAGGUGGAGAUGGGCGGCCAGUGGGUGGCAGCCUGCAGGCAGCUGGCAGAGAGCCUGCGGGAAUGUGGGCACAGCGCCGCCCCCAAGGCCCAUCAGAGGCAGCAGGAGCUGCAGGCCACCUGGUCGGAGCUGUGGGAGCUGGCCCAGGCCCGAGGCCACCUGCUCCAAGAUGCUGAGACAACCCUCAGAGUUCACAGAGAUCUGUUGGAAGUCCUCACCCAGGUCCAGGAAAAAGCCACGAGCCUCCCCAGUGACGUGGCCCAGGACCUGCGUGGGGUGGAGGCCCAGCUGAGGAGACACGAGGAGCUGGAGCGUGGCCUCACAGGCACUGAGCAGCAGCUGCAGGAGCUGCUGGAGACCGCAGACAGGGUGCAGACGCUGAGUCCGGGGCCGCAGGCCCAGGCCAUGCAGCAGAGGCAGCAAGCUGUGAUGCAGGCCUGGGCGGCCCUGCGGCAGGGCAUGGAGCAGCGCAGGACCCGGCUGGAGGGGGCGUGCCUCCUGGCCCGCUUCCGCACAGCAGUGCAGGACUAUGUCUCCUGGGCAGCCAGUGUGCGGCAGGAGCUGCAGGUGGAGGAGAACUCCCAGGAGCCCAGCAGCGGCCCACUAAAGCUCAGCGCCCACCAGCAGCUGCGGGCAGAGCUGGAGGCCCAGGAGGAACUGCAGCGGCGGGCCGCCCAGCUGGGCCAGCAGGUGCUUUUGGCUGCAGGGACACCUGCCAAGGAGGUCCAGGAAGGGCUGCAGGCCCUGCAGGACCAGCGGGACCAGGUGUUCCGGGCCUGGGUGCAGAAGCAGGAGAGGCUGCAGGCCAAGCAGCAGGAGGAGCUCUUCCUCAGAGAGUGCGGCCGCCUGGACGAGACCCUCGCAGCCCAGGAGGUCUCCCUGAAAACCAGUGCUCUGGGGAGCUCGGUGGAAGAGGUGGAGCGGUUGAUCCGCAAGCAUGAGGUCUUCCAGAAGGUCCUGGCUGCCCAGGAUGAGAAGGAGGCGGCUCUGCAUGAGCAGCUGAAGAUGCUCCAGGGCCCCGGGCUGCAGGACUCGCUUCACACCGUGCUGGAGCGUCGGGCCAGAGUGAAGGAACUGGCAGAAAGCCGGGGCCAGGCCCUACACGCUGCCCUGCUGAUAGCCCGCUUCGCUAGAGCUGCCACCCAGGCCGAGGACUGGAUCCAGGAGCGGGUCCAACAGCUGAAAGAGCCAAUCCCUCCUGGGGACCUGAGAUAUACAUUGAAGCACCUGCUGAAGCACCAGGCAUUUGAGGCUGAAGUCCAGGCCCAUGAGGAGGUCAUGACCUCUGUUGCCAAGCAGGGCAAGGCACUCCUGGCACAGAGCCAACCUUGGGCGGGAGAGGUCUCCCAGAGGCUGCAGAUGCUGCAGAAGCACUGGGAGAAGCUGAGGCAGGCAGUGGCCCUCCGGGGCCAGGACCUGGAGGACAAGCAAAACUUCUUGGAGUUCCUGCAAAGAGUGGACCUUGCAGAGGCCUGGAUCCAGGAGAAGGAGGUAAUGGUGAAUGUCGGCGACCUGGGCGAGGACCUCGAGCACUGUUUGCAGCUCUGCAGGCGGCUCCGCGAGUUCCGAGGAGCCUCGGCCAGGGACAUGGUGGGUGAUGCCUAUGUCAGGAGCAUCAAUGACCUGUCACUGCAGCUCAAGAACCAGGACCCUGAGGAAGUCAAGACCAUCUGCCAGCGGCGAAGCCAGCUCAACAACAGGUGGGCGAGUUUCCAUGGCAACCUGCUCCGGUACCAGCAGCAGCUGGAGGAAGCCCUGGAGAUACAUGCAUUGUCCCAAGAGCUGGACAAUGUCACUGAGCAGAUUAGGGAGAAGGACGCCCUGACCCGGGCCCUGGACCGCGGAGAGGACCUGGAGAGCGUGCAGCGGCUGCUGCGGAGGCGCGAGCUGCUGGAGCGUGAGUUGAGCCCCACCCAGGCCCAGGUGGAGUCCCUGGAGCGUGAGGUGAGCCGCCUCUGCCAGAGAAGCCCCAGGGCAGCCGGCAGCCUCAGUCACAAGCAGCGAGAGAUGAUGGACAGCUGGCGGCAGCUCCAGAGUGGGGUGCAGGAGCGGAGGGAGUCGCUGGAUGCCUCGUACCAAGCUCAGAAGCUCCAGGCCACACUGCAGGAACUGCUGCUCCAGGCCCGGAGGCUGCAGGCCGAGAUGGACGCGCAAGGCGCUCCCUGCAGCCCUGCGGAAGCCCGGCGCAUGUUAGAGGAGCAUGAGGAACGCAAGGCCGAGCUGGACUCCUGGACAGACAGCAUCCGCCUGGUCCAAAGCACUGGGCAGUGCCUGCUCACAGCUGGGGGCCCGUCCACCCCCAACAUUCGCCAGGCCCUGGCUGGUCUAGAACGGGAGCAGAGCAGCCUGCAAGGGGCCUGGCAGGAGCACCAGCUGCAGCUGCGGCAGGCCCUGGAGCUACAGCUGUUUCUGAGCUCCGUGGAGAAGACAGAACGUUGGCUGUGCAGCAAGGAAGCCUCCCCAGCCAGUGAGGGCCUGGGGGACCCCUUGGCCAAUGUGGAGACCCUCCUGUGGAAGCACAAGGUGUUUGAGCAGGACCUGGAGGCACAGACGGGAAAGAUCGGUGCACUGGAGGCCACAGCCCGCAGCUUGCACCAGGCUGGGCACCCCGAGGCCCAGCGUGCCCUGGGCAGGUGCCAGGCCCUGCUCCUGAGGAAAGAGGCACUGCUGGGCCGAGCCAGGACCCGGCGUCGCCGGCUGGAGGAGCUGCAGCAACUGCAGACUUUCCUGCAGGACUCCAACGAGGUGGCCACGUGGCUGAGGGAGAAGAACCUGGUGGCCCUGGACGUGCGCUGGCAGGACUCAGCCGCGCUGCAGGCGCAGUUGCGGAAGCAGCAGAGUUUCCAGGCCGAGGUGGAUGCGAGCCUGCGCCGACAGCAGGAGCUACAGACGGAGGGGCAGAGGCUGCUGCAGGGGGGCCACCCAGCCUCAGAGACCAUCCAGGAACGGCUGCAGGAGCUGGGAGAGCUCUGGGGUGAGCUACAAGCCAACUGCCAGAGGAAGGCGGCCACGCUCCAGGAGGCCUGCGAGGCCCUGCGUCUGCAGCGGAGCUUGGAGGAACUGGAGAGCUGGCUGGAGCCCGUGGAGGUGGAGCUGAGAGCCCCUUUCGGAGACCAGGCCCUGUCUGGGGUGGGCGAGCUCCUGGAGGCGCUGGGGGAGCUGGAGGCAGCAGUGGACAGGCAGGCCAGGCGGGCACAGGCCUUCGCACAGGGAGGCCACUGCCUCACCGGAGACACGGAAGAGCAGGCCCGGCAGCUGCUGCAGAGGUUCAAGCGCCUGCAGGAGCUGCUGCAGGAGCGCAGGACGGCCCUGGAGGCCCGGAGUCUCCUCUUGCAGUUCUUCAGGGAUGUGGACGAGGAGAUGGCCUGGGUGCAGGAGAAGCUGCCCCUGGCCACUUCCCAGGACUAUGGCCAGAGCCUGAGCACUGUGCAGCACCUGCAGGAGAAGCACCAGAACUUGGAGAGUGAGAUGAGCAGCCAUGAGGCUCUGGUGCGGGCGGUGGUGGGCACAGGGCACAAACUGGUGCAGGCUGGGCACUUCGCCGCCCACGACGUGGCUGCCCGGGCACAGCAACUGGAGAAGGCCGUGGAGCGCCUGCGAGCAGAGGCGGUGUGGAGGCGGCGGCUGCUGCAGCAGGCCCAGGAGGCCCAGCAGUUUCUGACGGAGCUCCUGGAGGCAGGGUCCUGGCUGGCUGAACGGGGCAGUGUCCUGGACAACGAAGACAUGGGUGUCACUGCCGAGGCCACACAAGCCCUUCUGCGGCGGCUGGAGGCCAUGAGGAGAGACCUGGAGGGGUUCAGCCUGCGCAUCGAGCGGCUGCAGCAGACGGCAGCACUCCUGGAGAGCAGACAGAACCCGGAAAGCCCGAAGGUGCUCGCCCAGCUGCGGGCGGUGAGGGAGGCCCACGGGGAGCUGCUGCAGAGAGCGGAGGGCAGGGGGCGAGGCCUGCAGCAGCAGCUGCAGCUGCACCACCUGGAGCGGGAGAGCCAGCUCCUGGACGCCUGGCUGACCACCAGGGUGGCUGCCGCCGAGUCCCAGGACUACGGGCAGGACCUGGAGGGCGUCAAGGUGCUGGAAGAGAAGUUUGAUGCAUUCAGAAAGGAAGCCCAGAGCCUGGGGCAGGCCAAGGUGCAGGCCCUGAGGGAACUGGCAGGCACCCUGGAAAGGGAAGCACCCAGGUGCUGUCCCCGUAUCCAAGCCCAGAGGAGCCACAUCGAGGCCACUUGGGAGAGGCUGGAUAAGGCAAUAAGAGCCCGCACAGAGAACCUGGCCGCAGCCCGCCAGGUCCGCAGCUUGGAGCAGGCAGCGGCCGAGCUCCAGGGCUGGGUGCAGGAGAAAGUGGCCCUGAUGGAGGGAGAUAACCGAGGCCACAGCCUGUCAUCUGUGCAGACCCUGCAGCGACAGCACUGGCGUCUAGAGAGGGAGCUGGCAGCUAUGGAGAAGGAGGUGGCACGGGUGCAGAUGGAGGCCUGCCGACUGGGCCAGCUACAGCCUGCGGCUCAGCGGGGCCUGGCGGAGCAGCUGGCCAAGGUGCAGGAGGCCUGGGCCACCCUGGAGGUGAAGGCCCAGGAGCGGGACCAGCGGCUGGCACAGGCUGCACAUGGCCAUGCCUUCCUCGGGCGCUGCCAGGAGCUGCUAGCAUGGGCUCGGGAGAGGCAAGCACUGGCGUCCUCUGAGGAGCUGGCUGGGGAUGUGGCCGGGGCUGAGCAGCUCCUUGGGCAGCACGAAUCGCUGGGGCGAGCCAUCAGGGAGCUCUGCCUUCAAGCCCAGGACGUGCUGCAGGAAGGGCAGCAGCUGGUGGAAAACGGCCACUUCAUGUCCCCGGAGGUGACAGAGUGUCUGCAGGAGCUGGAAGGGCAGCUACUGGAGCUCGAGGAGGCCUGGGCCCUGCGCCAGCAACACUGCAAGGAGAGCUGGGGCCUGCGGACGCUGCGCCAGGGGCUGGAGCAGGCCGAGGCCUGGCUGGCCUCCCGGGAAGGCCUCCUCCUGGAGCCCAGCUGUGGGCGCUCAGUGACAGAUGUGGAGUUGCUGCUCCGCAGACACCAGGACUUAGAGAAGCUGCUGGCUGCCCAGGAAGAGAAGUUUGCCCGACUACAGGAGAGGACAGAGAUGGAACAGAAGCUGCUGCAGCAGGUGCAGGGGCGGACACGCGGGAGAGUUGGCAGCCAGCUGCCACCCUUUCAGUGGAGGCCCUCAGGACACUGGGGGCCAGGAGCGUAGCUGGCUCAGACGAGGGACCUGCAGCCAGGUGAUGCAAAGGAUGUCCCCAUCAUGGAGGGGUCUUUGGAGCUUAAGCAGCAGCUCCUGUUGAAGGAGAGGCAGUCCAGCUCGAGCUCCUGGGACAGCUAUUAGGGGACCCUAAGGGGCAGCUCCCUGGGCCUGUUCCCAGAUGAGAGGGUGGCAGCGGAGAAAGCAGCUUCCACGGCCCCCCUUGACCUCACGGGAGCCCAGGGUGAGAGGCUGAGGGACCACCACGGCAGGAAACGCUCUUUCUCCCUCAGGCUGAGCAGCGGGGCGGAGAGCCUGCGUGCAGCACCGUCUGGAGAGCAGGCUUCGAGCUGGCAGCGAGCCCUGAGCAGUGCGGCAGCCCGGAGUCUGAGCCCCGAACUCAAAGCCAGACCUGUUGGCUUUCCGGCUGAGAGUGCCGCUGAGGAGUUGCCCAGCACGGCUGCCCUGCUCAGGUCUGGGCCUGGACGAGAAUCCCAAGGCCUCACAAGUGAGGACACCUCUAGGGGACCAGAAUGA